AUGUCGUCAGCAGCAGAGGCGCCUCAGGCGGCGGCAGCGGCACCAGCAGCAGCAACAAAUGCAGGAGAGUCAUCUCACCAAGGUCAGGCACAGGUGCAGGGUCAAAAGAAGUGGCAGAAUGGCGGAAACAAGCCCAAUGGCAACAAGCGUUCAUUCCAGGGCGGCCAGGGAGGCGGAAGGGGCAAGGAUAAGCAGCGCAAGUCGAAGCGUGAGAGGAACAUCACCGAGGGCUCGUCAGAAGAGGUCUUGGCGUUCGACGUGCAAGCGCUCAUCGCAUUGCGCAAGGAAUCACUCCCCGAUGCACCGGCACCGGCGGCAGGCGAGGAGGUCAAGGACGGGGAAGAGAACGGAGAAACGAAGACCGAGACCCAAACACCCUCAGAAACCCUCCCAGAGACCUUUACCGAAAUCGAAGUCGAAGUACACGCAAUCUCCUCAACGGGAGACGGCCUCGGCUUCCAGCUAGGUUCGACCUCAACACAAGUCUACGUCGUCCCCUUCGUCGCACCUGGCGACAUCGCAAAGGCAAAGGUCAUUAGACAUGUCCGCGAGGAGUCCUACUCGGUAGCCGACUUCGUCUCCGUCGUUAAGGCGGGCCCCCUCCGCGACGAUGCCCGCGUCAACUGCAAGUACUUUUCCCAGUGCUCCGGCUGCCAGUUCCAGAUGCUCGACUACGACACUCAGCUGUCGCACAAGCGCUCCAUCGUCGACAAGGCGUACAAGAACUUCUCCAACCUGAACCCGGACCUGGUCCCGUCCAUCAGGGAUACCAUCGGCAGCCCCUUACAGUACGGCUACCGCACCAAGCUCACGCCGCACUUUGACGGCCCUCCUGGCCACCACAAGAGGAAUAAGCCCAAGCAGGCGCUGAGCAAGGUUCCCGAGAUUGGAUUCAACGCCAAGGGCCGCCGUCAUGUUCUGGAUAUUGAGGACUGCCCUAUUGGAACCGACGCCGUUCGCCUGGGCAUGAAGCGCGAGCGUGAGCGCAUCGCCAGGGACUUUGGCAACUUCACAAAGGGCGCCACGAUCCUUCUCCGCGAGAGCACAAAACGCUACCCAAAGAAGGUCAUCAGCAACGGCAACGCCAACACCACAGCAGCCACGGAAGAAACAUCCACGACAGAGGAAGUAUCAGCAUCAGCAUCAGCAAACGAAGAAGAACAACCCCCCGCAGAAACCCCCUCCGACGCAGUCCGCGUCGAGACAGACGCCCACGUAGACAUCAAAACCUGCCUCUCCGCCACGGGCGCAAUGUCGAGCGAGUACAUUGACAACUACCUCUUCACCAACCCCGCAAACUCCUUCUUCCAAAACAACAACUCCAUCCUCCCCAAAUUCACCCAGUACAUCCGCGACCACGUCAUGCCCCCCGCCGGCCCCCACCGCGACCGCAUCAAAUACCUCAUCGACGCCUACUCCGGCUCCGGCCUCUUCACAAUCACCCUCGCCUCCCUCUUCACCGGCAGCACAGGCAUCGACAUCGCAAAGGAUUCCAUCGAGUGCGCCCGCAAAAACGCCCGCCUCAACAACCUCCCCGAGUCGCAGUGCAACUUCCUCGCCGCCGACGCGCCCCAGCUGUUCAAGCAGGUCACCUACCCGGCCGACGAGACCGUCGUCGUCAUCGACCCGCCGCGCAAAGGCUGCGAUAACGACUUUUUGAGCCAGUUGUUGGCGUUUGGGCCGAGGAGGGUCGUGUAUGUGAGCUGCAAUGUUCACACGCAGGCGCGCGACGUGGGCGUGCUGGUGCGCGGGGACGGUGGGGAUGGUACAAAGUACGAGAUUGAGAGUAUCGUGGGCUUCGACUUCUUCCCGCAGACGGGACAUGUCGAGGGUGUGGCGGUAUUGAACAGGGUCGAGAAGAGUGCUUGA